AUGAUCUCCUUCGACGACAGACCUUCCUGGGCGGUACCUGAUUUUCCUGAUUACGCCCACACAGACGCAACAGACGAGUCCCGGGAAGAUAUCAAUGUGCCAAACGCAACACGAAGUCAGCGGUAUGUCGCCGAUCGACAAAGUGUUGGAAGCAAUCACAGUUCCGAAGUGUCUCCUUUUCCAAAUCAAUGGGAGGAGCCUGUAUUGUCCAACAAAAGCCGGCAUAUCUUGGAGAAUGAAAUUCCCCCGGACAAAGGCACACAGAUCAUUCCGCAGAUGUGGAAUCCAACGUGGUUACGCAAAUCAUUUCUUUUCGGGGUCAUCUUACUCUUUUUAGCCCUGGUCGCUGGGCUGGUUAUCCUGUGGCGUUUUGCACAGAUCAGGAACGGAAUCAGGACGGCUAUCACCAGCAAUCAUUACGCGUGGACCUAUGGACCGACUGCACUGCUCGUUUUGAUAGGCGUUCCCUGGAGGCAGGUCGACUUCCACUGCCGGGCUUUAGCGCCAUGGUCACACCUUCGGCGUGGUCCAACUCCAGCGAAGAGAUCCUUGCUCCUAGAUUAUAUCUCUCCUCCAUUGCCUCUGGCUCUGGGUCGAGCGGUUAAGAACCACGAUUGGGCUGUUCUGGCGAGUGGUAUGGGCUUGUUGUUGCUGAGAAUAGUCAUCGUCUUCAGCACCGACCUGCUCGUGCUUACACCGACUUCCGAUUUCAAAACCCUUUCCGAUGCCAUCGUGAACUCGAAGUUUGAAGGCACAAACUACACAAUCGGACCUGAUCUGGUCGACGCCGAACUAAUGCAAUUCUAUGGCAUAGAAGAACGGGGGCUCAAUUACCAAUACGGGGCAUCGCCAAAUGUCGCAUACAAUACUCUUGACCUGCAAUCUCUGCCCACAAACUCGACUGUGACAGCGACGGUGCACGGGGUGUUCCCGUUCUUCAAUUGCGAAGUGCUGACACCCGAAAUUGUCGGGAACAACUUCACCUGGAGCAAUGAUGGCGAAUAUCCAUUCGGAGAUAAACUAGAGUUGAGGCUUACUCUGUCUCCUGCAAAAUGUCCUCCUAUGACGACCUACUAUGAGUUGUGUCAGGCACCUGAAUGCCCUGUUGGACGAUCUAUCAUCUCUGAAGAGGACUGGAGCGCGUUCCAACCCCCGGUUGACGAUCUUGACCCUUGUGCAAACCUCUACGCGCUCAGCUUGAUCGACAUCACUUUCGAAGAAGUCACAGGACACCCUAAAAACACUAGUGCCGCAUGGAACGUGACCUUGUCCGAGCCGGUUGGUAUUGUUUGUGGUCUUGGAUACACGAUCGACAGUGUCAACCUCACGAUCAAUACGGCUGAUCCUACUGCAAGUGGUGGAAUUAAUACCACCGGACCCCUCCAGCGCAUUGCAGAUGUUCUUCCUGGGUACUCAUACUACAAUCUGAGUAUGGCUCUCCGGAAUGAAAUCAACGUGAAUAGCCUUCCGCCAACGCCAAAUGCUCCGCAGGUCAAAGCAUUUGCCAGGUUCUUCGCUAUUCUCGCUGGCGGCUCCGCCGUCGAAUUGUUAAAUGUGGAAACGUUGAAAAUCACUGCCGAAAAAGCAUUCAAAGGCGUAGGAGUUCAACUCGCCUACUCAAAUCUACGCAAGAAAGACAAUGCCACGACUACUGCCGAUAUUUCAUAUCAGGAACCGAGACUUCAAGUUCGAGUACUCAGCGUGUGGGCCAUGAGCGCAGGAUGUGUACUACUAGCCGUCGCUGCUGCCGCUGUUCUCCUCUGGCGCCCAAGAGAUGUCGUUUCGCGCCAGCCCAACUCUAUUGGCGCUCAAGCAACGAUACUUGCUGCGAGCCCUACGCUCCAGAAGUCGUUAGACACAGCCUCGAGUUACUCCGGUACCGCCUUUGAGACUCAUCUACAGGAUCUAGUUGCGGCGUCUCACAUCAACAGUGAGCGUGCAACCCCCGAAUUCUCCAUCAUGGCCACCGUGCAGGAAGGAACUCAACGGAGAAAAAAGGAUGACCGCAGCAAUCAUUCUUGGUGGGAAACUAGCUCCACCACCAUUUGGUUCAUGUCCGCUGCUCUAGGGCUUCCGCUCACUGUCAUUGCAGCUCUAGAAGUCCUGCAGCACGAAUCAGAUGCACAUGACGGUUUGGUCGCCAUAUCUAGCUCUCUUAUCUAUCGAUCACUACCAAACAUCCUCGCAUCAGUCGUUUUGAUAUGUAUCGCGAUCAUGUACGAUGCCCUUGAUUUCGCGACAACAACUCUGGCGCCUUAUCAGACGUUGGCCCAGGGAAGUGCCCCUGCAAAGCAGACUUUGCUCAGGACAUCGUCAGGCAGCCUCCCAAUCUGGUCCACCUGGAAAGCAAUCCGUGGGCGUCAUGUGGAAGCUGCCGUAGCAUCAGUCGCCGCUCUCAUUGGCAGUUUGCUGACAAUCGUCGCUUCGGGCCUCUACACAAUCGAAGCUAUUCCGGUUGUCCUCGAUGUUACCGUCAUCACGUCUGACAAAUUUGUGCCAUCAUUCGGAACUUCAACAGAUGGAUCGGCUGGUGCUAUUUUCACGCUGAUUGAGCAGAAUAACGUGUCCUAUCCAGCACUCACGUACGAUGGACUGGCGUUUCCCAACAUCCAGACCUCUGGUUUCGGAGCCGAAGCUCUGAAACAGCUGGGCAACUCUACGCACGCAGUCACCCUGCAAGCCAACGUUGUGGCUACGAGAGCAUCGCUUAACUGCACUUUGAUUCCGAAAGAGCAUAUGAUCAUGACAAUGUAUACGAUCCCGGAUCCCGGAGUCCCUACUAGCUGUCGAUCCAACAACAUCACGUUUUACGCAGAUCUGCCCCCAUCAUGCCCACACUUCCUGAAUGGAGAAAAUCAGACGGCCACGAACAUUCCGUUCACUUCUAUUGUACAGCAUUCCUGUGAAGGUGAGGGUGGUCUUGCUGUCCACGAGCAAGUGGUUCUCAAUAACCAGGGCGCAAUGGGCGACGCGACCACAGAAACUAGCGCAGGGUCUACUUUGGGAGCGGCGAGUAAUCCUCCCGGAUGUCCCUCGUUGGCGUUCAUGUCUGGCUACUUUGUCGAAAACGUCACCUCGACGGAGAAUGUUACAGCCAUGACAUGUAUUCAAGGGUUGGAAGAGGUCAACGCGGAGGCCACGUUCUUGAUAUCAGGAGGCUCUUUCCAGGUCGUAUCAGAGCCAAAGAUAGAUGAGAGUUCAGCUCGGUGGCUCGAAGCGUUUAACAGCACGUACUGGUUUACGGAACCCAGUACAUUCGCACCGUUCAACCGUGAGGCCCCGACUCUCCUGGCCGACUAUUUUUACUCACAGGUCAACUACGGUCCCGACGGCAUCCCUGCCGACGAGCUGACCGGCCCGUCAAAUACCCAACGCUUCAUUGACGCCACCCAACGCAUCUAUCGUCGAUAUAUGGCGCAACUCAUCAACGGCACCAUGCGGCGCACCCUGAACCAGACCGAAGCAUCCUCGGCACCCCAGUACCACGGGUCCGUCACUGGGACGACCCGGUUGAGACUCAAGCAAAACGCCACGUCCAAGCUGAUCCUGCAGAUCUUCCUCGCAAUCAUGCUCGCCUGCGGCACGUUCGUGUACGGCCGGCGCAACAUGCGCCGUGUUCUUCGACAUUGUCCCUGGAGCAUUGCGGGCACCAUGAGCUUGCUCGCAGGCAGCGAGAUCAUUGACCGGAAGAUCAUCCCCGUUGGGGCCGAGUUUAUGAGUGAUGAAGAGUUGAGGAGCGUGUUCGAGGGCUACGUCUUCAGCUUGGGGUGGUGGGACGGUUCGGCCGGCGGAACAAACAGUCCAGGAGGACAGACACAGCGACGGUUCGGCAUCGAUAUCGGCAAGGCUGACGCAAAUCCACGGGCAAAAACAUGA